CAUAUUCAUACACACAUUGUGUAAAAAGAAAAAAAAAAUCGUUGACAGUCACUAUCGUUACUAGACCACGUAAUCGUUCAGAGAUAUUCGUCGUAUAGUCGUUGAAUUGGUGUUUAUUGUUUUUGUGUUCAAGGCAGUUCUGUGUGUUGCAUUAUCCUCACUUUAAAUCGAGAUGUGCAUUUUAUUUUCAAUAGCAAAUGGUGAUCCUCAGCCAGGGGGAUACAAGUUGAUUAUUGCAUCAAAUCGAGACGAAUUUUAUUCACGACCAGCAUCGGCAGCAAAAGAAUGGAGCGACAAUCCAUUUGUUUAUGGUGGUCAAGAUUUAGAAGAAGGACGAGAAGGUGGAACGUGGCUAGCAAUCAGUGCUAAAGGAGGUGUGACAAAAUUCGGCGCAUUAUUAAAUAUAACAGGCGAAAUUGCACAUAAGGAUGCUAGGGGCCGAGGUCCUCUGGUGUCCGACUAUGUAAGCGGUAAUAUAGCAAACGACGAUUAUUGUCAGAAUUUGGUUAACCUAUCGGAGCAGUACAAUUCCUUUAACUUAAUAACAAUUGAGAUAAAUGGUACAGAAGCUCGAACCAUACACUGCAGUAAUGUUCCUGUUGGCUUGCAAGAGUGGCCAUGCGAUACAGUUCAUGGAUUUGGUAAUAGUCCACCGGAAACGCCGAUGGCGAAGGUGGUUGGCGGCAAAUCUAAAUUCCAAGAAAUAAUAGCACAGCAUGACGACAAAGACGUUCUUGUGGAGAACCUAAUGGCAAUGCUUAGCAGUCGCGACAAAUACUGGCCCGAUGACGAAUUAAGGCGACGGGCUCCGAGAUGGGGCGAAAGUCUCAGUUCCAUUUGUGUUAAGAUGCCAGAGGCCGGUUAUGGGACGAGAACUCACACUGUCGUUCUGGUCGAUGAUAAAAAUCGCAUGGACUUCUACGAAAAAACAAUGGUGACAUCGGAACCUGCUGAUCCAUGGAAAAAUACUCACAUAGUCCGACAUUUAUAAGUGGUUAGAUUGAACCUUUUUGAGCUACCAAUUCAAACUGCGUUCAGACGAUUGAUUUUAGUUAAAAUUAAAUUUCGUACAGUCGAAGAAAUUUAGU